AAAAAUAGUAAACGGCAGAGGCUUUUAUUAAGAUUUUUACUGCAUAUAAUAAUAUUUUUUUUUUCAGAAAAUUACGAUACGGUAUAGCUAUAGCCAAUAUGUAAAACGUUAUAUAAAAUGGACCUCAUUUAUUUAUAUAUUAUAAAAUGUGGAAUUCAAAAUAAAAACUCUUGAUUCCAAGGAAAAUCGUACACACGUCCAGUGUUUAUUGUUUACCUCUAUAGUAAAAUAAUUUAUAAGUAAUUGAAAUCAUGUUCAAAUGGCUCGUAUACAUAAUAAUUCCAAUUAUUUUAUCCAUUUUUUAUCACUUCCCUUUGGUAUGGAGUUUAAUUUAUUUAACGUUGUUAAGUGUGUGUGUAAUAUGUGGAGUUUUUGUGUUAACUCUCUGGGGUCAUCUUUCGCUUUCUUCGCCGCAUCAGACUUCAUUAUUCCUGUUGGAUAAUAUAGAAAAAGAAGCUCGAAUAUUAGAAGCAACAAUACGGGAAGACCAAAACAACUGGGUAUAUCUAGCAAAACGACCUCACUUGCCAGUAAUUUUUGGCAGAACUGUGGAUAGUCAGAUACAACUAUUAAUUGACUAUUUCUUGAGAGACUUUGUGGCCCGUUGGAUAAAGGAACUCUCCCACAGACCGGAACCAGUUAUUGACAAGUUUAAAGAGCACAUUUGGAAUGCUAUUCAGAAUCUCUAUGAGAGGUUAUUGAAAGUGGAUGCCGAGAAACUGUUAGCCAACGAUAUGGUGACUAAAAUAACACAACAUUUUGAACGCAUCAGGAUUGCUAGGAGUUGUGCAAUGGAGCUAAACCAGCCUCCAGUAUUUGCUCUGGCUCCUCACUUGAUAUCUUGUGACACAGAGUUGCACUACUUACGACAAAUGAGUGAGCUGAUUAUUAUGUUCCUGAUGCCACGAUGCUACUCCCUCGUUCCAGUGUCACAUCUUGUGAGGGAGAUUUUGGCAUGUAAAAUAUUACAGCCAGCAAUAGAUCUCGUCACGGAACCAGAUUAUAUAAACCAAAAAAUUAUUCAAUAUCUCGAGGCACAGAAGGAAGUUGAUGCCAUGCAUGUCAGGACUCAUGAGUAUGCCAAAACAUUUGAGGACUACAUCCGACUGAUAAAUAACUGCAAUAAUGUUGAUACACUGAAACGUUUGAGAUAUGACAUUGUAACGCAGAUCAUGCAAGCGACUACCUUACAAAACAUAAAAAGAGCGAAAGGUAUCGACGUAGACGUGACAGAAAAGAGUAAUAACCAGCAUAACGUGAGCCGUCAACAGGUGGCUGAUGCUAAGAAAUUGAAGAGGUACAUUGACCAACUGACAAUAGCUAAAGCAGAGUGUGAGGGUGCUUUGAGGAAGUUGGGCUGGGAUGGUGCUUUUCCAGCUGUAGAAUCUGACAGCAAGACGAUGCCACUGCACAAAGUAAUGGAAAGCGUGACUGGUCGACGAUAUCUGUCAAUGUUCUUAGAGACACUGUGUUCGCAAGGCUUAGUUGGCUUCUGGUCAGCCGUGGAGGAACUUCGGCAUAGUCCAAGAAGCAGCUGGCACCAGCUCGGGGCUGAGAUAUUCUAUACAUACAUCAGAUCACCCAGUGCUGAAAUUAAAGUGGAUAAAGACACUAGAAAAAGAAUGGAGGCAUUUCUUUUAGGUGAUAAGGGACCGGAAGUAUUCUAUGAAGUUCAAGAUAUAGUGGUUGACACGAUACAGGAGAAAUACUAUCAUUCCUUCUUGCUGAGUGAUCAGUACAAAGCUUUGAUUGCUGAAUUGGCUACAGAAGAGGCUAACAAAGAGCUAUGUUCAGAGAGAUCGCCCAUUGAAGACCGUCAGCUGUCAAAUGAGUCAGUAUCGUCGGCGGAAAGUGCAGGCACCGUGCAACUUACUGAACAUUCCACUUACGCUAGACGGAAACUCGACCAACUGCAGGAAAGGCAUAAUAAUAAGACUCAGGCCUUAGCAGCUCUCAGAGCGUCCCUGAAGCCGGAGUCGCCGGCGCUGGCGAUGCUCGCCAACGAGGUGGAGAGGCUGGCGGGCGAGCAGAUGCGGCUGGAGGCGCACUUGGCGAGGACGGACACGUGGGCCGACCAUUUAGGGAGAUGGCGGGCUACCGUGCACAGUGCUGAGAUUAUUGACGAAUCGAAGCCACCACAGUUUGUAAUAGUAGUGCAUAUGGCGGAGCAGGAACCCACUAGCGACGACGAGAGACCUGAACAAAUAUCCACCGGUUGGGUUCUGUUGAGAACUCUCAAUGAAUUUCAGGAACUGCAUCGAAAGUUAAGGCCUAUGUGUACAGAGUUAAAAAAUUUAGAACUACCGUCAAAUUCAUUCAAAUUCAUUUUCGGGAAGAAUGACAGGAAUUCAUUAGAAAAAGCUAAGAUUUUAAUACAAAAGUAUUUAGAGUUUGUUCUAGAGGACGAUAGAUUAAACCAGAGUGAAGCUUUAUACACAUUUCUCAAUCCAAGUUCUGAAUAUAUGAAACAAGGUGAUUUACCAAAGAAAAACAAGUUUUCCUUUUCUACAUUAUUUAAAAGCACGAGUAGCGACGCAACCAACAGGUCGUCGCAAGAGAAGGAAGCGUUCACGCAUCUGUCAGCGGACGAGGACGAGAUAUCUCUGUACUUGGACGGGAACGGCGGCGACGCGGCCGGCAAGAAUAUGAAUAGCUCCAUGCGCGGGGCCGGACCCCUAGGCGAGGAGCGGGACAGUAUAGCAGAGCCACUUUACGCGUUGCUCAGCGAAGUAUUCGACAUGCGUGGCGUGUUCCGCUGGCUCAGGAAGACGCUCGUCACCUUCGUGCAGAUCACUUACGGCAGGACUAUCAACAGGCAAAUCAAAGAGACAAUAUCGUGGCUAUUCUCGGAGCAGAUGCUGCAUUACUACAUUAGUAUAGUUCUGAAGUCGUGGUGGCCGGGCGGCGUGCUCAGUGAAAACAUUACCAAUAGGAAUAUUAGAGAUAAAGAACACACACGCACAUUGGCCCUGCAGCAACUCAACGAGGCGGUGGUGGGCACGUUGUCAUCGUUGGUGGGCGCGCACGCGGCGGCGCGAGGGGCGCACAAACUGUUCACCACGCUGCAGCAGCCCACGCACAACAAACAACUGUUCUAUGAAAUCUUCGAACUUGUUCUACUAGAAGUGUUUCCAGAGUUAAAGCGCUACCAGUGAACGUGAGUUAAAAAAAAUACUUCAAUAAAGUUUAUAUGACAAAUAUAUCUACAGGGACUAUAGAAACAAUCGAAUCUUUUCAUUCCGUUAAUAUAUCAAACAAGCUUUAUUUUUUAUUAGUGUAUGUACUGAACAAUUUUAGUUUUACGAAAGUUACCUACUUGUGUCUUUUACCCGUAUUUUCGCACAUUGUUUCGAUUUUGUUAACUUACACGUAGUAGCUUUAGUUUUACGUCAGCCACUGACGAUCAAGUAAUCUCACAUGCCAGCAGCGGUAACGGUUUGACAACCGAUAAAACUGAUCGUGUGUUGGUCGCGAUGUGUAUGACAUCAUGCCGAUCGCGACCAACACACGAUAAGUCUUUUUUACUUCUAACUUUUUUUCUGAUGCAUCACUCUAAAAAACGAAAAUAACAUCCUGCCUAUGUCCUUUCUAUUCAUCGGUUUGAAGGCGGUACCAAAAAACAAAAUGUACUUCUAGGAGCCUACUACUACUUGGCAUAGCAGCUCACAUGACUCUCAUCUCACUCUGAUCUCACAUGCCUGCAGCGCUGAAAAAACUGAUUGUGUGUUGAUCGCAAUGUGCAUGACAUAUUGCUGAUCGCGACCGUUGACCGCGAUCCGUUAGCGAUGCAGGCAUGUUUGAUUACUUGAUCGUCAGUGGCUGACAAUAGACCACAACGUCCAUCUGCUUCUAACUACAUUGAUUUACGAUACGAUUAUGAUAUGUCAUCGCAAUAAGUUAUGUGUGAAAAUACGGGAAUUAGAUUCUCGUUCUAUUUUAUAAAACACAUUAUUUGUGCGUUAGUGCAAUGUUACCCGUAUUAAACGUUGCGUAUAUUAGGUGUCAUAGAGAUGAUCUCAAUAAUUGUUAUCGUGUUUUGUCUGUUCGGUAGAUAGCAUAACGCUUAGCUGUAUAGUUUCUGUGAUCAUUUAUACUAAACUUAGCUAGUUGUGCAAAGAUUACGCUCUCUAUUUAUUUUAUCUGGGUUAUUAACGAUGCUUUUAUAAGUGAAAUGAGGUAGAUUCGUUACAAUAACGACAGUUAGAUUGUUGAAGGGCAAGUGACAGGAAAUGCAUACUUAAUAGAAUUAAUAUUACAUAAUUUAUACAAUGUGCGCUGCAGCACUGUGCGGGUGACAGUUGCCUUAUGACGUUCAUAAUACGAGCUAAUCUCGUGAAUCGCGGCAAGAGUCAAACGAACUGUCACUCGCACCAUGCUAUGUCGCACGAACUAUAGGCUAAUUGUAUUAUAUGUUGUGGCAAUACAGUAUGUCCGUAUAUGAAUAAUGUAUACUUGUAUGCCUGUUAAUUUGAGGUGCAUUUAUAGUACUGGAAGAAUGACUAAAAUGAGUUUGCGUAAGCAUUGCAAUGGCGAUUGUUUUAACGUAUUAGUAUAAAAUCCGAAUUAGAAACGAUUUCCACCCAUGUAUUUAAUGGAUGAAUAGGUGGCCUAAAAACCUCUUGGCCAAAUUAAUAUUACCCAAUAUAACUACAAGUAUCGUUAAUGAUAGUUUGGACAGGAGUUUUUAUUUUUGAGGCAACCUACUCGCAACAUAUUUUUAAUUAAUUUUUGUUUAAUUUUUUAAAGUCGGUUUCGGAUUCCAUACCUUUCGUUACUUAUGGAAUUCCUCUAACCAUAUAUUAAGUCUAUAUACAGAUUAUAAUGCUCCAACUACUUGUCCAUAUUCUUUAGUCUGAGCCCAGCACACAGAUUAUGAAACUCCAACUAACUGUCCAUAUUUGUUCGUCUGAGCACUUUAAUAUAAGCGCCAUCUAGCGACGGACCUCGUAAUCUCUACAAAAUUCAUCGAUGUCGCUGCCUUUCGAAACAAACCUAGAGGUUCCAAAUUUAACCACUAAAAAUAAAAAUCCAUCCACGGCGUUACACUUUACUUAAUAACUUUAUUGCACAAAAAAGAAAUAACAAAAGAACACAAUAAUUUUACACGGCAACCUUAUCACUAAUAGUGAUCUCUUCCAGGCAACCUAAAUGUAAAUGAUCUAAAUAUCCUGUGAGAAAUUGCAAUAUAAUAAAUAAAUACAAUACAUAUACUAAAAAAUAUGUAAAAUACAAAACAUUACAGGUUAAUUAAAUAUCCAUAUCAAAUAACAUACUUUGUACAAUUGUACAUAGUUAUGAUAUAAACAAAAUAUAUAAAUACAGCAAACAUGAAAUGUUUAUAUAACAUAAACCUACAUACAUUUAAUAAUGAAUGAUGGGUGAAGGUCGUUUCUAUUAAGGAUCUUAAAUACUAUAUCUACCACUAUAAAAAUUGUAGAUUAUUAUUAUGUAUCAUCUAUCUCCCUUUACUAUUAACGUAAACGGUUGGUUAAACUAUAUAUAAAUAUUUUGUUCGACCCAGUGCCAUUUUUUAUGUACCUGAUUUUUUUAAAUACGUACCGUAUUACACAUAAUUUAGGAGUCCUAACUAACGAUUUCAAAAGUGUAGCAUGUAGUGCUAAUUCGAAUGUACACAAAUCAUUAACUGGGUAAACAACAAAACUAACCAUUUAUUAAUGCACAAAUAAAAUAUUUAAAACUGCGCAUAACAAACAUAUCAUGACAUGUUUCACUUCAAGUUAGCCUCCAAAUUAGCACGAAAAAGUUUUAAAAUAGAUGUUAAAUAAUAUAUUAAAAAUUGCCACUUUUAUUCGGUGCCUACUUUUAGAAAGUUUAAUUUACGAGUAUGAUUGGUGUACAUUACCGUUGAAUACAUUGAAAUAAUUAGUACGAGUGUAUUUAUUGUACUAAGACUGUGUUUGAUAUAAAAUUUUUCGUAUUUUCUACUGUCCAUUUUUUAUGCGAAUCACAAAAUACUCAAGUAUAUUUAAAUCUUAAAAAGAAAUGUCAUAUAUUAUAGCAAUAUUUAUCAUUAGCAUAUCAAAGUAUCAAAACUUUCUUAGCCGACAUAUUUUAACCAAUAACAUUACAAACUUUUAUAAUCGAGUAUGAAUAGAACUAUUUUCGUUAACAGUACAGUGAUUCAAUACUUAAAAACCACUCGAUUUGGGCAUAGUUUCAAAUAGAUAACUAAAUUCAUGUAGAUACUACAUAAUACCUUUUAUAGGAAUGUUUCUUCUCAAUUUUAUUUUUUACUUUUUUAAAUCUCAAACAUAAUUAUUUUGAUAAAUAAAUUAUUAAAUGGAUGAGUACAUACGUAUUAAUAACUAUGUUCAUUCGCUGUUAGUAUGUGAAAAAAAGUAGAUGUUUAGGACGUUCUUAAUAUUAGAGAUGUGUUGAAAAAUUUGAGAUCUGUGUUUAAUUAUUAUUAUUAUAUUAAAAGUGUAAUAAAAUAAAAUUAUAUAAGGAUUGAAUAUGGACCUUAGAUCUUAACCAAGUAUUAAAAAAAUGUACAGUCAGCAUCAAUUAUUUGUAAAUUUAUAAUACUAUCCAAUAUAAAUAUUGGUUAUUACAUAAUCUACACAACUCAAACAAAGUACACAAUAGUAAGUUCAUUUGGUGCGUAUGUUUAUGCCCUAUAAAGAAACAGCCUAUUGGAUUCCUAUUUAAACAUAUAAAAGACAAACUAUAUUGAGACUAUCGGUAUUAAUCUUUACACGUUGUACGCUAUAUGAAGUAUUAUUACAUGUAUUUCAUAUUAGUUCCUCUUUUGUGCCAAAAAUUCCUUUGGACUUUUAAAAGAUUUGCCAGAAUUAAUUUACAGUAUUCGGUAGUCAAUAUUACUCUUCAAACUUUAUAAAGAGAUAUCUUGCUGUCAUGUCUGUAGAAUACUUAUUAACUAUAUGUAUAUACAAAGAUAAUGGCUAAAUGACUGAUAUGUCAACAUAAUCAAGCUGAAACAGUGGUUUCGACUAUAAAGAGGACUUCUUAUAAAAGUCAGCCCUUUGAAAUUCAAAUAUUUUAGAUUUAUACGCAGAUGAAGUCGCAGGCGUCUGCUAGUGAUAUCUACCGCAGCUGCGGAGCUCGUACACAAUGAAGUGUGAAAGGGCAUUUACAAGGCUACCACUAAUUUCCACUGAUUUCUUAGAUCUCAGUGUAUAACAGGUGCAUUUAUAUAUCCAUAUUCGAUGCUGACUGUACCAUUACACUACAUUAUUAUCACCUACAUGGUAUUAAAAAUACCAAAUUAGUUUUAUAUAGAGGCUGUUUCAUAGAAAAGUUUAUUUGUGUAUUUUUUAUAAUUUUUUGCAAACAGUUAUAAUUAUAUAUAAAAUAUGCUUUAUUUCUAGUUUCUAAGACUCCAGUUAAUAUAUUUCUUUAUGGAUAGUACAUAGAUACAGCAUUUACUUGUUUAUAUUAACUUAAUCUUAUAUUUAUAUACUUUGUGUAAAAAUGUGAUUUAAUUCGGUAGAGUGGUAGUAUUCAAGACGGGGACUGAAAACCAAGAAAAACUGUCUAAACUUUCACAUAUUGUUUUAGUUUAUUUAUUUUUUGACAAGCAUAGGGCUUGGUUACGAUAUCACUUGAUUGUCAAGUGAUGAUGCCUUCUGCAUCAUCACUUGACAAUCUAAUACGAAAAUAUUUCGUAUAUACACGAAAGUUUAGAAGAACUACUAGAUUAUUGAUUAACCUUGACUGGUUUCUACACGCCGCCAUUAUACCGGAACGCUACAUCACGUGGCGGUACAUCUUUGUAUUAUGAUUAUAACUAGCCAUAGACAAUUGGAGGGGAAAGGAUAGUUUGUAUAUCUAUAUGCCUACAUGUAAUAGGUGCCGCGACUAUAAUGUGUAAGGUACUUUUGAGCGUUGCCAGGUGUCCGGAUAUAGCCGGACAUAAGUAGGCUUUUUGAUUGCGUGUCCGGCCAAAAUAAACGGUGUUCGGCUUUUGUUAGUCGUUUUAUUUCGCAUUUUUUUUUUGCUAAAAAACUCUUAUUUGUGCCUUUCAUUAGUAUUUUAGAAGAAUUUCAAUAUGUUGAUAAAUGUUUAAGUAUUUAGAUAUAGAAGAAGACUAAUUUUGUCUGAUGACUAGUAAAAUUUUGCUUGAUUUUACAUACGAUUUUUUGUUUUACCUGUUAAUAUUGAGACAAAAUCCACAAUAAUGUAGGGUGGCUGGCUGGUCUGUCCGGCUAUUAGGUUUGGCGACCUGGCAACUCUAAUCGCAAAAGUACCUCACACCUUUUAAUCAGAGUAGUUGCAAGUUUAUAUUGAUAAAACUUUAAAUGUACAUUUAAUAAAAAAAAACUAUCGAAUUAAAACCUCCAUGUCACAUAGAUUUUAAUAUCGAUAUUGUUCUAUUUACUCGCAAAGUAUAACUACACUUUUUUAUUUGACAUCUCAACAGGUUGUCUAUGAACGAACGAAAAAUGUCAAUUCCAUUGACGUUUCAGUGUGACGUCACGUCUUUCUCUUCAUAGACCCUACACACCCAGUGUGUAAUUGUUUCAGAUGACAAGUAAUAAUAAUUCACUAUUGUUUUAUACUUUUAUUUUAAUCGGCCUAUCAGAAUCGUAUAGAUCUUACGGUUAUGAGAAUACUGACUAAAUUUGUCACUAGUAAUUACUAAAUUGACUGUCUUCUAUUGCACAAUAUAAGUAAUAGAUUUAGGUAGUUGUUAAGGUACAUUGAUGUAUUAACUUUCUAUCUUCUACCCUUUUUGCUAAUACAACAAAAUACCAAAUAUUUAAAAUGAAUAAUUUUGGAUCUUGACUUUAAAAAAAAGAAAAUACAUAUUAAGUGUUAUAGUAUAUUACUAUAUUUGAGCGUUGACUAGGUGUAAAAUCUAAACUGAAUAUAAUGUAUCCAAAUAUAAUGCAUGUAUUAAAUAAAGAUCUGAAAAAGUUUUAAAUAA